AUGAAAGGUGGCGGACAACGCACAAGAUAUCUCGCCGUCGGAUCGACGGAUAUUCUGAUGAGAGGGCCCUGUUCUAUCAAGAUUAACGAUGUGUGGGCAGGGCAUGAUCUAAGCGCCAGAUUGGAGGUCACUUUUUGGCUCGCUGCGAGGGGAGAAGACGAAAUUAUUGGGCUCGCUGGAGGAUGCGAUGCGACAAGAACAUCGCAAAAACUGCUGUAA